AGAAGAAGCUUCUCCGACGCACACAUCCCAGCUGCUCUGCCGCUGUUUCACUCAUUACUUCGGAUAUGAAUAUUGACAGAAAUGUGGAUUUAGCGGAUUUGAGCAACGGCCUCGAGAAUGUUCCUGUUUUUACUGAACGGAGUUCAGCCGUAAUGACGUUUCCUGAAUUUCAGGUAACGUUACGUAGCAUAAGUUGAACACAUGUAACGUGAGCCCCUGAAGUCCAAUGCGUUUUAGUUAUUUAUUUUGCUAGAGGAGUGCUUUAAGAGUAGGAACGUCUCCUUAGGAACAAUAUAAUGUCAUAUAAUGUCAUGUGUUUAGCUUUACAGUGAACUGGUACCUCAAUUAGAUACAUUAACACCUGCAAGUUAACUGUUGUUUCCACGUCAUAGCAGGAAACACACAGGUGUCAUUAAUUACAUUAUGCCAGUGUUGUGUUCAAGUGUCCCAGGUGACUUUGAUACUGAGCCAGCAUGUUCAAUACCAGGACCCUGACACUGCAGCAGAUGGAGAGAGCCAUCAGCCAUCAUGCACUUUAUCAUUCAGGGGAGACCGGGGAUGGUUGUAACAGCACCACUUUCACCAAGAGGGGAUGACAUAUGAGUCAUUAUUCCCCAGAUAAUGUUCAGGGACCAGGUUGCACCAUUGACCCCAGUGAAGUAACCCUUCCUGGAUGCUCCUGCCUCUCCCACUCCUGCUUCACUGAGAGCUGCUCCUGCCUGCAGACUCAUGGGCAGGCGUACGACAGCGCAGGCACACUGCUGAACCUUAGCAGGACGGACUCUGGCUACUGCUCGCCUGUGUUUGAGUGCAAUGCCCUUUGCACCUGCAGUGAUGCCUGCUCUAACCGGGUGGUGCAGAGAGGGCCAAGACUCAGACUAGAGGUUUACAGCACCGAGAACAGGGGCUGGGGAGUAAGAACAUUAGAGGCAAUCCCACAUGGGACAUUUGUGUGCGAGUAUGCAGGAGAGGUGAUCAGUUUUGAGGAGGCCAGACGCAGACAGCUCGCCCAGAGAUCUGAGGAAAAUAACUACAUCAUUGCCGUAAGGGAGCAUGCAGGUACAGGCUCCAUCACAGAGACAUUUGUGGACCCUGCCAUGGUGGGAAAUGUAGGCCGUUUUCUCAACCACUCCUGCCAGCCCAACCUGUUCAUGCAGCCAGUCCGUGUGCACUCUGUGGUUCCCAGGCUGGCGCUGUUUGCUGGACGGAACAUUGAUGCGCAAGAGGAGCUGACGUUUGACUACUCCGGAGGAUACAGUAAUCAACCACCUGUAGAGAUGCUGUCCACACAAAAUGAUGCUGCCAUACAGGCCAGCAGGACAGAUGGACUCCAGAGGAAAGAGUGCCACUGUGGUGCCAACAACUGUGUUCAGUUCCUCCCAUUGGAUUUAUCGAUUAUCAAGUGAAGUAAAUGAAAUUAAAUGUCAUAUCAUAUUUGUUUUUAUCUGAAUGUAUAAAGAUGGAUUCAUUUCUGAGAGAUGAAGAAAUGAUUUUUAUCAAACCUAAUGCCUCUAAUUU